AUGCAUCACAAGAAGCAAACAAACCUGUGAGCUAAAAAUAGACGAAAAGACUCAAAGGUUGAUAUUUUUAUUGAUUGGCACAUUAAUUGUUGUUGUGUUGAAAAUAAUCUAAGGUGAAAACUACAUUUCAACGAUAUUAUCAAUUUGUUUGUGAGUUUACCAUCGAGACAACAAAAUCUUGACUCGUAUUUAUACCUUUCAAAAAUGGGUAUCAUUGUUAAGGGUAUUUUUGGUUUAGCUGUGGGGUUGUUAGGCUAUUGGUUUUAUGCUAAACUAAGUGCAGUUCCUGAAUUUCCAGUUUAUCCUGAAGAUACUUGGUGGGGCAAAGGAGAUCCAAUUAAGGGGAAUACAGACAUAAAACCAUUUGAAAUCGACGUUUCUACAGAGAUUUUAGAUGAUCUAAAACACAGAUUGGAUAUCGCUUUACCUUUACAACCACCCUUAGAGGGAGUAAAGCAACAUUAUGGCAUGAACUCGAAUUUAUUGCAAAAAAUCAUCGAUCAUUGGACAACCAAAUAUAAUUGGACAGAGAGGCAAAGUUUCUUAAACCAAUACCCUCAAUACACUACCAUGAUUCAAGGACUCAAUAUACAUUUUUUGCACGUAAAACCCCAAGUUGACAAAGCCUCAAAUAUCAAAAUCCUACCCUUAAUGUUGCUCCAUGGAUGGCCUGGAUCAGUGAGGGAGUUUUAUGAAAUGAUACCGUUCCUAACUCAACCACAAAACGGAAGAAGAGCUGUAUUUGAAGUUAUCAUUCCAAGUAUGCCAGGAUAUGGAUUUUCGGAUGCAGCAGCAAAGUCUGGCAUGAAUCCCGCUAGGAUGGCUCAGAUUUUCAAGAUACUGAUGCACAGAUUGGGGCACGAUAAGUUUUAUGUCCAAGGUGGAGAUUGGGGUAGUAUAAUUGCAACAAUCCAAACACAUUUGUAUCCAGAUAGUAUAUUGGGUGCUCACUUGAAUUUUUGCACUUGUAAAUCCAACAUUUGCUUGUUGAAGUUAUUGUUGCUUGGAACAACUUUCCCUUCCUUGAUAGCCACAAAAGAGGAAAUUCCUUUAUUCACUCCAGUUUCUUCAAUUUUUGCAGACUUAAUUUUAGAAAGUGGUUAUUUGCACAUCCAAGCCACCAAACCUGAUACAGUUGGUACGGCUCUACGAGAAAGUCCUAUAGGUCUUGCAGCGUAUAUUCUGGAAAAGUUCGUUACGUGGACUAAUCUCCAGUGGAAGGAUCUUGAAGAUGGAGGCCUGUCCAGAAAAUAUACUUAUGACAAGUUACUGGACAAUAUCAUGAUUUAUUGGGUCACCAGGUCUAUCACAACAUCUCAAAGACUGUAUGCUGAAAUGUUCAAUAAGGAAAUGUAUUUAAAAGGAUUUGAUAAGUAUGAUAUGAUAUAUAAUUAUCCAGAAAUUUAAGCCAUUUAUUUUUCAGUAUACCAACACCAUCAAAGGUACCAAUAGCUUGUGCCAGAUUUGAAAACGAACCUGCUCACCAACCAGAAUCCUUGCUAAGAUUGAAAUAUUCAAAUUUACAGCAAUUGAAUAAUUACAAAGAUGGUGGGCAUUAUCCAGCUUUUGAGCUUCCAGAAGUGCUGGCCAACGAUGUUUAUGCUUUUAUUGAAAAAAUUGAAAUACAAGGAUUUUUAUAA